AUGUGUGUAGCUUAUGUUCAUGUUACUGAAAAUAAUGAAAUAGCACAAGGACUAAUUCAAAAACAACUAGGGUAUCCUGUUAAAUUUUGGCAUUACAUACCUGAAAAUCUCGAAGAAUGUUUAUAUAUUAUAAUUAUGUCUCGAUAUACUCAUAAUCAUCUACCGCCGCCACCAUCUAAAAUACCGGUUGCAAUCCAAAAUAAUUUAAAAAGUAUAAUUUCUGAAGAAAAUAUUUUAGAUUUAACGGUUAAGAAACUAAUUACUCAUAUGUAUUUUUCAACAAGAGUUCCACUUUCUGAAUUACAUCCAGCGUUAAAUAAUAGAUCAAAAAUUGAUCAUAUGAUUACAACAAAACGCCAUGCUAAACAUUCAUAUGGUCAAGAUAUCAUGGGCGUCGCAUAUAUGCUUUUAAAACAAAAAGAAGGAAGCAAAAAUGAUUCUUAUAUUAGAUCUGAUAAGAGACAACCGUGGGUACUUGCAAGUUUGUCACCAGCAUUCACUAAAAUAUCACCAACUAUUUGGGCCAAUACACCAUUUACAACAAAUGCAAGAAAAUUAGCCUACGCAAAUAUUAACAGAAAUGGUUACGGAUUAUCUUUAUUGGUGGCUAUUCAAAA